AUGUUGCGUUUCCAACGCUUGUUGGCGCUGCUUGUCGGCGCACUGCUUUCCUCUCUUUGUCUCUCUGCACCCGCAGGUAAUGGACAGGCAAAGACAGCCAAAGGGGCAACUGGGGUAGUCCAGUUGCCCAUUUUGCACUAUAACAGUGACGAUACCGGAAUUGUCCCCCUGGUCGACGUGGGCAUCGGAAACCCCCCUCAGGUCGUCCGGAUGGUCCUUGACACCGGCAGCAGCGACCUGAUCGCUGCGGAGACCGGCAGUACCGUCUGCAAAAGCCCAGAACAGCAGUGUACCAGGAGCAGAACCGGUCUCGUACUUGGAUCUUUCGAUCCGAGACAGUCUGAGGGGGUUGAGAAAGUGGCUGGCCAGGCUCUCGACACCAGUUUCGGUACCGGGGAAUCCUACAAAGGGCCGAUGGUCAAAGAAACGUUAACCCUUGGGGGCUCCCAGGUAUCGGCCGCCCAGAUCGGUUUGAUGGAGACCGGGUACAUCCCGCCGAAUACACCGUCUUUUUCUGUCUUCGGGAUUGGACCCAUGGGAAACGAAGGAACAGCUAAGCUGUACGUGAACGUCCCGGCUCACAUGAAGGAAAUGGGGGUCAUCAACAGAAACGCCUUCGGCAUAUACCUCAACGACUUUAGGGGUUCGGAGGGAUCGAUCACUUUUGGCGGCAUUGAUACGGCCAAGUUUGAAGGCAAACUCCAGGAAAUGCCUCUGGUCAGGGAUGAAAAUGGCAAGUUUGGGCAGUUUCUGGUAAGCUUCAGCUCGAUGUCAGUAAGCGGACGAGAAGGCACCGGUGCCUCUGCACAAGCGACCAACUUCGUCCCCCAGCCUAUUCCAGCUCUCUUGGAUACGGGCAAUCCGGCCUUAGAUCUGUCCCCCGAGCUGGUCACGAGGAUGGCAAGAGAGCUGCGCGUUGGUACCCGGAAAGACGGCGAUGUGACUAUGCUCAACCCGGUACCCUGUAGCUGGGGCGACAGUAUGAGCCUCGUCCUUGGUUUCAACCAGGACACUGUCAAGAUGAGCGUGCCAUUCAGUAUCCUCAUGGUUCCUGAGAAGGGUGGUGCUACUGGCCAGUGCAGUAUGCCGCAGAUUAUUGGCUCGAGGGAGGUCCCAUUCACAAGUCUUGGAGCACCAUUCCUCCAGGCAGUGUACGCCGUCUACGACAUGGAUCGAAACAGGAUUUCACUUGCACAGGCAAAAAUGAACACAACGGAAACGAACAUAGUGCCUUUCUAG